AUGGCAGGAGCCUCAGUAAAGGUGGCCGUGCGAGUACGCCCCUUUAACUCCCGAGAAAUGAGCCGCGACUCCAAAUGCAUCAUCCAGAUGACAGGAAGCACCACAACUAUUGUCAAUCCCAAACAGCCCAAGGAGACACCCAAAAGCUUCAGCUUUGACUAUUCCUACUGGUCACAUACCACACCUGAAGAUAUCAACUAUGCGUCCCAGAAGCAGGUAUACCAAGACAUCGGAGAAGAGAUGCUGCAACAUGCCUUUGAAGGCUACAAUGUCUGCAUCUUUGCCUAUGGGCAGACGGGUGCUGGGAAAUCCUAUACUAUGAUGGGGAAGCAGGAGAAAGACCAGCAGGGCAUCAUCCCACAGCUAUGUGAGGAUCUCUUUUCCCGAAUCAACGACACAACGAAUGACAACAUGUCCUACUCAGUAGAGGUCAGCUACAUGGAGAUUUACUGCGAGAGAGUCCGGGAUCUCCUGAACCCCAAAAACAAGGGCAACCUUCGAGUGAGGGAGCACCCCCUCAUGGGCCCAUACGUGGAAGACCUCUCCAAGCUGGCCGUCACCUCCUACAAUGACAUCCAAGAUCUCAUGGACUCCGGAAACAAAGCCAGGCAGCCUGAUACAGUCAGUGGCAAGAGCGUCUGCGGUCACAAAGCUCGAGCUCACUUUCUGGAACUGUGCCUCCUGCCCCUUCCCAUCUCAGCCCCCUUCAUUUCCUCCCGGGGAAAUGAGGAGGACUAUGAGCCUUCCUCAGAGGACCAGGGGGGUAAUUCCAGGACUGCCAUGGUGGCAGCCCUGAGCCCUGCAGACAUCAACUAUGAUGAGACCCUCAGCACCUUGAGAUAUGCUGACCGAGCCAAACAGAUCCGGUGCAACGCUGUCAUAAAUGAGGACCCCAACAACAAGCUCAUUCGGGAGCUGAAGGAUGAGGUGGCUCGACUGAGAGACCUCCUGUAUGCCCAGGGGCUUGGGGACAUCAUCGACACCAACACUGUGCCCGGAGGACCUAAAUACAUGUCCGACUUUGAGAACAAUAAUGGUAACCCUGGCGUGGCAGAAUUGAGUCAACGCCCUGACAAUCUCUCCACAGUGACCAACGCCUUAGUGGGCAUGAGCCCCUCAUCCUCCCUGUCGGCCUUAUCCAGCCGGGCUGCCUCGGUGUCCAGCCUCCACGAACGUAUGCUGUUUGCUCCAGGAAGUGAAGAAGCCAUUGAGAGACUGAAGGAGACGGAAAAGAUCAUCGCUGAACUGAACGAGACCUGGGAAGAGAAGCUGCGCAGGACAGAAGCCAUCCGCAUGGAGAGGGAGGCUUUGCUGGCUGAAAUGGGUGUGGCCAUGAGGGAAGAUGGCGGCACCCUGGGUGUGUUCUCUCCCAAAAAGACUCCUCACCUUGUCAACCUGAAUGAAGACCCUCUGAUGUCUGAGUGCCUUUUGUACUACAUUAAAGAUGGAAUAACCAGAGUUGGCCGGGAGGAUGGAGAAAGGAGACAAGACAUCGUCCUGAGUGGGCACUUCAUAAAGGAAGAGCAUUGCAUUUUCCGGAGUGACACUAGAGCUGGCAAUGAAGCAGUGGUGACUCUGGAACCAUGUGAGGGAGCAGACACCUAUGUCAAUGGCAAAAAAGUGACAGAACCAAGCAUCCUAAGAUCUGGAAACCGCAUUAUCAUGGGGAAGAGUCAUGUUUUCCGAUUCAACCACCCUGAGCAGGCUCGGCAAGAGCGUGAACGGACCCCGUGUGCGGAGACACCUGCAGAGCCUGUGGACUGGGCCUUUGCCCAGCGUGAGCUACUUGAAAAACAAGGCAUUGACAUGAAACAGGAGAUGGAACAGAGACUCCAGGAACUCGAGGACCAAUACCGGAAGGAGAGAGAAGAAGCCAACUACCUCUUAGAGCAGCAGAGACUGGACUAUGAGAGUAAGCUCGAGGCUUUGCAAAAGCAGAUGGAUUCUAGAUAUUACCCAGAGGUCAAUGAAGAGGAGGAAGAGCCUGAAGAUGAAGUCCAGUGGACAGAGAGGGAAUUUGAGCUGGCACUUUGGGCCUUCAGAAAGUGGAAGUGGUACCAGUUCACAUCACUGAGAGACCUCUUGUGGGGCAAUGCCAUCUUCCUCAAGGAAGCCAACGCCAUUAGCGUGGAACUAAAGAAAAAGGUCCAAUUCCAAUUCGUUCUCCUUACGGACACUCUCUACUCUCCCCUACCUCCGGAUUUGCUUCCCCCAGAUGCUGCCAAAGAAAGAGAAAAAAGGCCUUUCCCACGGACCAUCGUGGCUGUGGAGGUCCAGGACCAGAAGAAUGGUGCUACACAUUACUGGACACUAGAGAAACUGAGGCAAAGGCUCGAUCUCAUGCGCGAGAUGUACGACCGGGCGGCCGAGGUGCCUUCCAGUGUCAUCGAGGACUGCGACAACGUAGUGACGGGUGGGGACCCUUUCUACGACCGAUUCCCUUGGUUCCGCCUCGUUGGCAGCUCAGAUGUCUCUGGCUGCAACAGCUCUCCUCUUUUCAACACAUGCAUGAGCGAGCGCAUGGCUGAUCUCACCCCCUCCCCCACCUUCUCGAACCCCGACUCCGACAUCACCGAGCCUGCUGACGAGCAGCAUGUGGGGAAGGAGGAGGAGGAGGAGGAGGAGGAGGAGGAGGAGGAGGAGGAGGAGGAGGAGGAGGAGGAGGACUUCGAGGAAGACAUCUUUCCAGAGUGCUCGCUGUGUGAUGGUGGCCGGGAUCCAUUUUACGACCGCUCCCCCCUGUUCAGUUUAGUAGGAAGGGCCUUCGUGUACCUCAGCAAUCUGCUCUACCCUGUGCCCCUGGUCCACCGCGUGGCCAUCGUCAGUGAGAAGGGGGAAGUGAAGGGCUUCCUGCGUGUGGCUGUCCAGGCCAUCUCAGCGGAUGAAGAAGCCCCAGAUUAUGGCUCUGGUGUCCGGCAGUCAGGAACAGCCAAGAUCUCCUUUGAUGAUCAGCAUUUUGAAAAGUUCCAAUCUGAGUCGUGUCCAGUGGUGGGGAUGUCCCGUUCUGGCACCUCCCAGGAAGAGCUACGCAUCGUCGAAGGGCAGGGCCAGGUGGCUGAAAUAGGACCCUCUGCUGAUGAAGUGAACAACAACACCUGUGCAGUCACUCCUGAAGACCUCCUACUGGACAGCCCUGAGAAAAGUGUCAUGGACGGCCCAUUGGAAUCUUCCCUGGACCAUUUGAAGCUGGGCAGCAUCUUCACGUUCCGGGUGACAGUGCUCCAGGCAUCCAGCAUCUCUGCAGAGUAUGCCGACAUCUUCUGCCAGUUCAACUUUAUCCACCGUCACGACGAGGCCUUUUCCACAGAGCCGCUGAAGAAUACAGGACGGGGGCCGCCUCUUGGGUUCUACCAUGUCCAGAAUAUUGCAGUUGAAGUGACCAAGUCCUUUGUUGAAUAUAUCAAGAGUCAGCCGAUUGUGUUUGAAGUCUUUGGGCAUUACCAGCAGCAUCCUUUCCCCCCUCUGUGCAAGGAUGUUCUCAGCCCUCUACGACCAUCAAGACGCCAUUUCCCUCGGGUCAUGCCACUUUCUAAACCAGUGCCUGCUACCAAGCUGAGCACCCUCACCCGUCCCACUGCUGGACCCUGCCACUGCAAAUAUGACCUACUGGUAUACUUCGAAAUCUGUGAGCUGGAAGCCAAUGGCGACUACAUUCCAGCUGUUGUUGAUCACAGGGGAGGGAUGCCAUGCCUUGGAACCUUCUUACUUCAUCAGGGCAUCCAGAGAAGGAUCACUGUGACUCUGGUGCAUGAAACAGGCAGCCACAUCCGCUGGAAAGAAGUGCGGGAGUUAGUUGUGGGUCGGAUCCGGAACACUCCGGAAACAGAUGAAUCCCUCAUCGAUCCCAACAUCCUCUCGCUCAACAUCCUCUCAUCCGGCUAUGUCCAGCCUUCCCAGGAUGAUCGGACCUUCUACCAGUUUGAAGCUGCUUGGGACAGCUCAAUGCACAACUCCCUGCUACUGAAUCGAGUCACUCCUUACCGUGAGAAGAUCUACAUGACCCUCUCUGCUUAUAUUGAGAUGGAGAAUUGCACCCAGCCUGCCGUGAUCACCAAAGACUUCUGCAUGGUGUUCUACUCCCGGGAUGCCAAACUCCCAGCAUCUCGUUCUAUCCGCAACCUAUUUGGCAGUGGGAGCCUGCGAGCCUCUGAGAGCAACCGCGUGACUGGAGUGUAUGAACUUAGCCUGUGCCGUGUGGCUGAUGCUGGAAGUCCAGGAAUGCAGAGAAGACGCCGUCGUGUCCUGGACACAUCUGUCGCCUAUGUCCGGGGGGAGGAGAACCUAGCCGGCUGGAGGCCCCGCAGUGACAGCCUUAUCCUGGACCACCAAUGGGAGCUUGAGAAGCUAAGUCUACUUCAAGAGGUUGAGAAAACAAGACAUUACCUCCUCCUACGUGAAAAGCUGGAGACGACUCAGCGAUCAGGCCUGGAGACCUUGUCCCCCUGCUCCAGUGAGGAUUCGGAGUCCCACAGCACCUCCUGCGUCUCCUCCCCGCUCUCGGACGGUACCUCUGAGAGUCGCGCUACCACCCUCGACAUUCCCAGUGAGCGGCAGAAGGAGCUGGCAGCCAAGUGCCUCCGCCUCCUCACGCACACAUUCAACAGAGAGUACACCCACAGCCAUGUCUGUGUCAGCGCCAGUGAAAGCAAGCUGUCGGAGAUGUCAGUGACUCUGCUGCGGGAUCCUUCCAUGUCGCCUCUCAGCGCAGCUACUCUGACUCCAUCAUCCACCUGCCCGUCCCUGGUGGAAGGACGAUACACCGCGACGGACCUGAGGAACCCCCCACCCUGCUCCCGACCGGCCAGCCCUGAACUAGAACCAGUGCUGGAGGGAGACCAAAAGAAAUCUCCGUCCCCUGCCAGUGGGCCAGAAGCAGAGAAGGAGCCGCAGCGCUUAUUGGUGCCAGACAUACAGGAGAUCCGGGUCAGCCCCAUCGUCUCCAAAAAGGGCUACCUCCACUUUCUGGAACCCAAGACGACAGGUUGGGCCAAGCGCUUCGUGGUGGUGCGGCGCCCCUAUGCCUACAUGUACAACAGUGACAAGGAUUCCGUGGAGAGGUUCAUUCUCAACCUCUCCACUGCCCAGGUGGAAUACAGCGAGGACCAGCAGGCCAUGCUCAAGACUCCCAACACGUUUGCCGUUUGCACUGAGCAUCGAGGCAUCCUUCUGCAGGCAAACAGUGACAAGGACAUGCAUGACUGGCUGUAUGCAUUUAACCCUCUCUUGGCUGGAACCAUAAGGUCCAAACUCUCACGGAGGAGAACAGCCCAGAUGAGAAUCUAACCCCAAACCAUCGUCCACUCAAUCGUCUCUUUGCCAACUGGAUCGGGUCCAGUAGGAGGGUCCUUCCCAACCUCCCCCCCUCCCCACCCCAUGCCCCUAACCUUGGAUCUGUCAUGUCAUCGAUGGGCCUGACCACCUGCUCUUCUGCCAGCCCACCAACAGUUUUCGCCUUCAUCCAGGAAAACCCUUUCUCGUGGUGUGGUAGCCUCCAAACUGCCGUGGCCUGGCCUGACCAUUGUCUCGUG